CCGUCGAGGAAACAACCUGCAAUUCCUCGGGCACACUAAAACCGCCGUUAAAUAUUUUCGUUGUAACAACUUUUUUUUUUCUCUCUCCCCCUCCCCCCAUUGUUUGACUAUCCCCAUGGACUUGUGAUUGAUUUAAUUUUCGUGAUUAUUAUUUUUAUUUACCCAACACGUGACGAACCCAGCGGAUAAUAACGAGCUGUGUACUGCAAUCGGUAGCCGAGGAAAAAGAUCGACCCUCGAAGGGGGUAGAGGUGGCCUCGGUGCCUCCCAGGGGUGACAGUCAUUCCCCAUCGGCUUUCACAUUUCCGUUUUACCGAGAAAAAUACCAUGGAAAGCGGCACAACAGGUAUUAGCAGGCUAGACUGCUACGAGGACAUGUUCAAAGAGAUUACAAGAAAAUUGUACGGCGACGAUCCCGAUCACAGAACCUCUAGUGUUCAAAACGAAUUCGAGACUUCGGUUUCGUAUAAGAACGACGAGGACACCGGAAACGGCACCGAUUCCGAGGAGGGAAAUUGGAUUUGCGAGGACGAGCCACUCAAAGGAACUGAUGGAAGCAGAAUUGCUGCUUAUCAUGCGUCAAAGUCCACCUGGCGUUGUUACGAAUGUGGUGAUUGUAUGAACGGAGGACCGAGAGAAAUAGCGGAACACUUUGUGGAGUUGCACUUGUCGAGAAUUCACGAGGAUUCACGACAUCGACACCAUUCAGGGAGGAAGGAUUACCUGCAGAGCGACGUGAAGCUUGAGGAUAUUAUUACGUACCUGGAAAGAGUGCGUGACAGAGCAGAGAGACAGGCACCACCCUCCAGAAGGACGCAGGAGACCCAAACAGUCCCAGCUGCCCUUCUGCCCGUCACAACCCCCUUUCUCCUUCAGGAACUCCCGACAACGCCACCCCAGCAUUUGCAGACAAACCCACCAACAAUGACUACCUCAUCAACAAGCUCAUCAUCAAGUGGCAAACGCUACACAUGCCCGUACUGUCCUUAUGGUACAGACAGGCGUGAUCUCUACACACGUCAUGAGAACAUCCACAGGGAGGAAAAGCCCUUCCACUGCUACGUAUGCUACAAACCCUUCAACCGUGCUGAUCACGUGAAGAAGCAUUUCCUCCGGAUGCACAGGGAGCACACGUACGAGUUGGCAAAAAUAAGACGUACACCAACCACUAAUGGUACCAAGACACCUCACGAGACCAACAGCAACACCAUCAAUGGCACCUAUACAACCAAUUACAAUAAUAAUAAGAGUUAUCAGCUGCAAACGACGCAGGCGACCGGUGCUGCUGGUGUAGCACCUGCUCUCUAUCAGACUGCCAGUAUGACCAGUGUUGUAGGGGCUAUACAAGACAGCAAUUGCAAUAGGAGAAUACAGAAUACUGGCUGCAAUAGCAAGAGCCAUUUGAAGGCUGGAACUAAGGGUGCACAGGAGAGAAGAUACACCUGUUGCUAUUGCUCAUGGAGUGGUGUGGACAACUGGUGUCUAAAGCGUCAUCUGAAUACGCACCUGAAGCCCUUCGCCUGUGCUCUCUGCGAGUACAAAGCAGCCAGAGCUGAACGUCUCGCGACACAUGUCCUCAAGGUUCACAACAAACGUCAGUGCUCCAGGUGCUCAUUCCUCGGGGAAGACGCCUCUCAACUACAACUCCAUCAGCUCCACGUUCAUCGAAUAAAUACGGGUAAUUCAUCCAGUGGAGCUUCAGUUCCUGUAUCUCUGGCGCAAUCGCCUUCUCUCGCCAGCCCGACUACCCCGGCAUCUGCUCCAACGAUAAACCGACAUGAUCCUGUUCACCCUGCUGGUGGUGGAAGACCACCCCCUGGACCUCCAGUGUUUCCGGCUCCUGCUGCCGCAGUUGUUCCACCACCUACAACCAUCCUUGGUGAAUCAAACGGCCGGAGUAGAUCUCGGAAGCAGCGGGAGCCUCGGAAAGUUCUGACGCAGGCAGAACUUGCAGAGGAAGAGGAAGAAGAAAAAAAGCGACAGAUUGAGCAGAAAAAGCGGAAGAGAGGCAGUGGUGUUACCAAAUAUCUCAAGUGUUACCGUUGUCCAGAGGAUGCCUCAGCCCGAGCACAAAAACCCUACCACACCAAGGCAUCUCUAGUGUUGCACAUGCUCUGGCGACAUGAGCGUCAGUUUAAUCAUCAAUUCCACAAUCGUUUGACUACUGAACGACUUUGGAGGAGAUAACGAGUCAUUAGAAGUUAUUUGUCAAUAUUUUACCUCGUGUUCCUCGAGUCGAGUGCAAUUUUUUCUCUCCAUUUCUCCAUUCCAACACUCAAACGUCCAAAUUUCAAUGUUUUUCUUUUGUUAUGAUCAUUAUCUCGAUACUAAUUGAGUUCAGAGGAAAACGUGGCAAGACUUUUUUGUGGAAAAUUUCGUUAGCUACAAAAAAUGUCAUAUAAUGCUUCCUCCUAGAAUCAAUAGGUUCGGCUGAAAAUGCAUAUUCAACAAAAGUGAAAAAUUCGAUAUUAAAGAGAAAUCAAUUUUUUACUUAUUUUAAUGUGAAAUACUCUUGUUAACGAUUUAUUUUGGGGAAAAUCUCGCAGGAAAUUGUAAAGUGCACAUUUCACGUUCUAGAGCAAGUUCUUAUGAAAUUUUUUCCAAUUAUUUUUCACCCUCGAGAUACUCAUGUUAUGAAUUCUUGACUCAUUCCUUUCGAUUUCGUGAGCACGUGGAGGUCCAAAAUGUUUUUUCCACGAUUUUUUCAUUGAUAGAUAAGUUAUAAGGUACGAAAUGACCAAGGAUAUUAGAAUACGAGUGAGAGUGAUGUCCAAUCGACGAGAUUGUCGUAGUUUAAGGAAAAUUAAACAAACCAAUCGUAAGGAAAAUUUUUUUAUAUUUCCCAAAGGGUGAGAAUACUUGUAAUUUGUAAAGAAAAUUAUCUUGUUUACGUUGUCAACUUGAAAUAUAUUAUAUCUAUUAUA